CGCCAGCACUUCCUGUUCCCGGCAACCCUGGCCGCGGCGGGGGCCGAGCGGGGCGGUGGCCUGAGUGACCCCGGCUGCUGCGGCGCCGCGCGCACCUGCGCCGCGCGCCCGCUCCGGGAGGGCGGCGUCGCGGAGCCCGGCUGCGGUCUCGGGAUGCCGGGGGACGAGGAACGAGCCUUCCUGGCAGCCCGCGAGGAGCUGGCGAGCGCCCUGCGGCGGGAUUCCGCGCAGGUGUUUCCCCCGGAGCAGCUCACGCCGCUCCUGGCCGCCUCCCUGCCGCCAGCCGCCCGCUACCUGCAGCUGGACGCCGGACGCCUGGUCCGCUGCAACGCCCGUGGCGAGCCUCGAAACUACCUCAACACGCUAUCUACCGCCCUGAACAUCCUGGAAAAAUACGGUCGCAACCUCCUUAGCCCACAGCGUCCUCGGUACUGGCGCUCAGUGAAGUUUAAUAACCCUGUCUUUCGCAGCACGGUGGAUGCUGUCCAGGGGGGCCGGGAUGUGCUGCGGUUGUACGGCUAUACUGAGGAGCGCCCAGAUGGACUGAGUUUCCCUGAAGGGCAGGAGGAGCCAGAUGAACACCAGGUUGCCAUAGUCACACUAGAAGUCCUCCUGCUUCGCACGGAGCUCAGCUUGCUGUUGCAGGAUACUCAUCCGAGACAGAAGGCACUGGAGCAGCUGCUAAGAGACAACGCUGAAGAUGAUAUGCUGAAGCUUUCAGAGUUUCACCCCCUUUUGAGAGAAAUUGUUCCUGGUCCUCUCCCCUCUGCCCCAGGCUCCACUCCUAGUCCCUGCUUUCUCUGUGGUUCUGCUCCGGGCAUACUGCAUUGUCCAUCCUGUAACCAAGCUUCAUGCCCAGCUUGUGACAUUUUGUUCCAUGGGCAUCCAUCCCGCGCCCAUCACGUUCGCCAAGCUCUGCCUGGGGCUCAUCAGACCACCGACCUAAGCUCUAGUUUACCUGCCUCAUCCCAACCACAGCCCUGCUCAUCCUCCCUGGCUCUGGGAAAUAGCUCUCUUCCUUCCCCCAGUCCUGCAAAUGCUUGUCUGCCCUGGCACUGUCCUGCCUGUGUCACACUAAACGAGCCUUGGGCGGUGCUCUGUGCAGCCUGUGGUCGGGCCAGAGGCUGUAAGGUGCUGGGGAUAGAGAGUUCCCAAGGAACUGGGCCCCUAGAACCUGAGCCUGCACGUGACCAGUGGGCCUGCCAGAGCUGUACCUUUGAGAAUGAGGCUGCAGCUGUGCUGUGUGCCAUAUGUGAGCGACCUCGGCUGGCCCAGCCCCCCAGCUUGGUGGUGGACUCCCACGAUGGUGGUGUUUGCCACCAGUCCCUUAAGCAGGGGGAUGUUUUGCUCUCCUCUGUCCAGCCUCAAGUGUGGUACUGUGAUCACUGUACCUUCUGCAACUCAGGCUCUGUCUGGGUUUGUGCUAUUUGCAACCGAACCCGCAACCCCAUCCCAGGACAGCAUGCCCUUCAGCCCUAUCCCAGUGCUUUGGAAAAGGGACUUCCAAAGCCUGGGUCCCCACUGCACCUCAGUGGACCCCUGCCUGCUUCCUGCGGAGACCCAGAGAAACAGCGCCAGGAUAAGCUGCGAAAGGAGAGUCUCCAGCUAGUGAGCAUGAUCCAGGAAGGGGAAGCUGCAGGUGCCAGUCCAGAAGAGAUCUUCUCAGCCUUACAGUACUCAGGCACUGAGGUGCCCCUGCAGUGGCUGCGUUCAGAGCUAUCCUACGUCCUGGAGAUGGUGGCUGAGAUGGCUGGACAACAGGAUCCAGGGCUGGGUGCCUUUUCCUGUCAGGAAGCCCGGAAAGCCUGGCUUGAUCGUCAUGGCAACCUUGAUGAAGCUGUAGAGGAGUGUGUGAGGGCCAGGAGGAGGAAGGUGCAGGAGCUCCAGUCCCUGGGCUUUGGGCCUAAAGAAGGGUCCCUCCAAGCAUUGUUCCAGCAUGGGGGUGAUGUGGCACGGGCCCUGACUGAGUUACAGCGCCAGCGCCUAGAGCCAUUCCAUCAGCGCCUAUGGGACAAAGGCCCUGAACCCACUCCCUGCUGGGAUGGGCUGGAUAAACAGAGCCUGGUCAGACGCCUUCUGGCAGUCUACGCACUCCCCAGUUGGGGUCGAGCUGAGCUGGCACUGGCGCUGCUGCAGGAGACACCCAGGAACUACGAGCUAUCAGACGUGGUGGAGGCUGUGAAGCACAGCCAUGACCGGGCCUUUCUGCGCCGACUGCUUGCCCAGGAAUGUGCUGUGUGCGGGUGGGCCCUCCCCCGCAACCGGAUGCAGGCCCUGAUUUCCUGUGAGUGCACCAUAUGCCCUGACUGCUUCCGCCAACACUUCACCAUUGCUGUGAAGGAGAAACACAUCACAGAUAUGGUGUGCCCGGCCUGUGGCCGCCCUGACCUCACUGACGACACGCAGCUGCUCAGCUACUUCUCCACCCUUGACAUCCAGCUCAGAGAGAGCCUAGACCCGGAUGCAUAUGCCCUGUUUCACAAGAAGCUGACCGAGGGUGUGCUCAUGCGAGACCCCAAGUUCUUGUGGUGUGCCCAGUGUUCCUUUGGCUUCAUAUAUGAGCGUGAACAGCUGGAGGCGACAUGUCCCCAGUGUCACCAGACCUUCUGUGUGCGCUGCAAGCGCCAGUGGGAGGAACAGCACCGAGGGCGGAGCUGUGAGGAUUUCCAGAACUGGAAACGAACCAAUGACCCAGAAUACCAGGCGCAAGGCCUCGCAAUGUAUCUUCAGGAAAAUGGCAUCGACUGCCCUAAGUGCAAGUUCUCGUACGCACUGGCCCGAGGAGGCUGCAUGCACUUCCACUGCACCCAGUGCCGUCACCAGUUCUGCAGCGGCUGCUACAAUGCCUUUUAUGCCAAAAACAAAUGUCCAGACCCUGAUUGCAAGGUGAAAAAAUCCCUUCAUGGCCACCACCCUCGAGACUGCCUCUUCUAUCUACGGGAUUGGACUGCUGCCCGGCUCCAGAAACUGCUGCAGGACAAUAACGUCAUGUUCAAUACAGAGCCCCCAGCUGGGACCCGGGCAGUCCCUGGAGGUGGCUGCCGAGUGAUGGAGCAAAAAGAGGUUCCCAAUGGGUUCAGGGACGAAGCUUGUGGCAAGGAAACUCCACCUGGCUAUGCCGGCCUCUGUCAGGCACACUACAAAGAGUACCUUGUGAGCCUCAUCAAUGCCCACUCGCUGGACCCAGCCACCCUGUAUGAAGUGGAGGAGCUGGAGACAGCCACUAGGCGCUACCUGCAUGUCCCGCCCCAGCCGAUGGACGGAGAGGAUCUUCCUGCCUACCAGGCCCGGUUGUUACAGAAGCUGACAGAAGAAGUACCCUUGGGACAGAGUAUUCCCCGCAGAAGGAAGUAGCUGAGGGCACGGGUCCUGAUGGGGCUUCAUGACCCUGCCCUGCGCAACAGCUCCAGCACCAAUAAAGAGGCAUCUUAUGGCCUA